AUGGAGGAAAUCUCUCUCAAAUGUCUCCGAAGCGCUGCAAUAUUGAAAUAUAACCAUUCAAUCCCCUUCGCAUAUGAAUGGCACGGUACGAUAUCACUUUCGCCGGGAUAUUUUGAUAGCGAUGGAGGGAGGAACUGUUCCCGACUGUUUGAACUAAUCAAACUGGAAAGUCAAAAAAAUGCUGAAGCUUCGUUCUGGUUUACAACAUUUGAAGCUUUCAAAUUGUUAACUGCUGCAUUUGACAGGGAAAGUGAAACCUAUGAAAGAGGGUUUCGAGUGCUUUCUCCUGACGAAGUAAAGAGAAGAACCUCUCACCUAUCAUUUUUGCUUCUAUUAUUAUUAUUAUUAUUAUUAUUAUUAUUAUUAUUAUUAUUAUUAUUAUUAUUAUUAUUAUUAUUAUUAUUAUUAUUAUUAUUAUUAUUAUUAUUAUUAUUAUUAUUAUUAUUAUUAUUAUUAUUAUUAUUAUUAUUAUUAUUAUUAUUAUUAUUAUCAUAA